CUAUCUCUUACCUUUCCAGACGGUCGUGUCCGACAGUAGCAUCCGAGGGGGACUCUUCUGUUUAGAUAUAAAAGCUCUCCGGUUAAUUUUCCUGGGCUUGCAUCCGUAGCUUUUUUGAGACGCUUUUUCGUGUGACCAGAUUGUUAACAAGACACCACACGUACAACAUGCCUGGAAACAUCAUCCCAGAAGUACUGGACGUGCCGUUGCCGAGUGAGGCUCGCACUCGUCUUACGAAGCCUUUGGAGUACAGCGGCCUGUUGGACACAUACCAAAACUCGGACUUGACUCCGGUGAUUGGUCGUGAAUACCACGGACUUCAAGUGGCAGACGUACUUGCUGCGAAGAACAGUGAUGCCUUGGUUCGAGACAUUGCCGUUACCAUCUCGCAACGUGGUGUGGUUUUCUUGCGUGACCAGGAUGUAACGCCGCAGCAGAUGCAAGCAUUCAUGGAGCGCUUGACAACUCUCGCUGGUUGUCCCGAAUCAUCUGGUCUCCAUGUCCAUCCUCUGACAGAGGAAGGCAGCGAGCUUGGUGACCAAAUUAGCGUCAUCAGUUCAGAGAAGCAGAAGAAGGGCGGUGGUCUUACUCACCAGCUGAGUGACACCACCCGUCUGGCCAGUGCAGGAUGGCACUCCGACAUCACCUUCGAGCCGGUGCCUUCUGACUACGCAAUGUUGAAGAUCCAUACGCUACCUCAAACUGGAGGAGAUACACUUUGGGCAUCUGGCUAUGAGGUCUAUGACCGCCUGUCUCCUGCGUUAGCGACGUUCCUUGAGGGACUUACUGCGACGCAUGAGGCCAAAUUCUUCCAUGAAGAGGCUGCUAGACUAGGCAACCCACUCCGCACAACCAUCCGUGGCUCACCGCUUAACCAAGGACCGGCGUUAGAAGCUGUCCAUCCUAUCAUUCGUACCAACCCGGUGACAGGAUGGAAGAGUGUCUACGUGAAUCGCGGUUUCACACGUCGUAUCAAUGGCGUAACGAAAGACGAGUCCGACGUCCUUCUACAAUAUCUUUUCAAUCUUGUCACACAAAACCACGAUGCUCAGGUCCGUUUCAAGUGGAAUAAGAACGACCUCGCCAUCUGGGAUAACAGAUCAACGUGGCACACUGCGACUUAUGAUUAUGAAGCUGCAAGAGCGGGCGACCGGGUCUGCUCGCUGGGAGAGAAGCCAUUCCUUGAUCCUGCCUCAAGUAGCAGAAGAGACGCCUUGCGCUUUUCCUAGAUAAAUUCCAUGGCUGCUCAAUGACGAAUUACGAAGUGAGAACAUUGUGGGCAUUGGCUCUGUGCACGGUGUGCAACCCAACGCGUCGUGAUGCUCGUAGGCGGCUUGUUCAUCACCUUCGCCCACAAUUCGGGAGCUGCACAGCAGCAUAUGAGUGUAGCUAGGUCGUACGUUGAACUCCAAGCGAGUUGAGAGUGCUGACGAGGGUGUCAACUCGAUGAUAUACGUGCUGCGUCGAUGUGUCGCACAGGAUCAUCGUAGAGGUUUUCGGCAGGCUUCGACCCCGACUUCGCUUGGUUCCCGUGACUUACUUUUCCGUCGACUUUGCCGAAGAAUAUUAUCUAGCCACUUCGUUCGGCCAACAUGCCA